GUUCCCGGUGGGCGGAGCGGGGCGGAGCGGGGCGGCCGCUCUUCAACCCGGCCCCGCUCAGCACGAGCCUCUUCCGGGCAGCGGGGCGGCGCGGAGCCGGCAGCGUGCGGGGCUGCGACUUUUUGAAGAUGUCAGCAGAUAUACCCUUAAAUAUUAAUAUCAAGGAGCCCCGAUGGGAUCAAAGCACUUUCACUGGACGAGCCUGUCACUUCUUCACUGUAACAGACCCCCGAAAUAUUUUGUUAUCUGAUGCCCAGCUGGAAAGCGCAAGAAAAAUCGUUCAUGAUUACAGACAAGGUAUUGUGCCACCUGGAUUGACCGAAAAUGAUCUGUGGAGAGCAAAGUAUAUCUAUGAUUCAGCCUUUCAUCCAGACACUGGUGAAAAGAUGGUCUUGAUUGGCCGAAUGUCAGCUCAGGUACCCAUGAACAUGACUAUCACAGGUUGUAUGAUGACCUUUUAUAGAACGACACCGGCGGUGGUUUUCUGGCAAUGGAUUAACCAGUCCUUCAAUGCUAUAGUAAAUUACACAAACAGGAGCGGUGAUGCCCCAAUUACUGUCAGCCAGCUGGGAACAGCCUAUGUUUCUGCUACCACAGGUGCUGUUGCAACAGCUUUAGGACUUAAUGCACUGACAAAGCAUGUCUCACCUCUUAUAGGACGGUUUGUUCCUUUUGCUGCUGUUGCUGCUGCUAACUGCAUUAAUAUUCCACUAAUGAGACAAAGGGAGCUCAAGUUUGGAAUCCCUGUCACAGAUGAGAAUGGAAACAGAUUGGGUGAAUCAACUAAAGCAGCUCAGCAGGCAAUUACUCAGGUGGUUAUAUCGAGGAUCCUCAUGGCUGCUCCUGGCAUGGCAAUUCCUCCCUUUAUAAUGAACACAUUGGAAAAAAGAGCCUUUUUAAAGAUCAGCAAAAAUGAGCGAUUUCUUCAGUGACUGCUCAGUGGUCUUUGGUACCAUCAUGACUGUUCAUGCUCACCUGUUCCUCCCCCUCAGCCUCAAAGAAUGAGCAGAGGUGAAACACUGCUCUACAGGUCAUCAGUGGUAACAUUUGGUAGAGAUUAGUAUUAAAGCCUUUAAGGAAUAAGCUGCAUUUCUAACAAGCAGCUUCUGUGCUUUCUCUUGGGGCUUCAGAAGCGCCAUCCCAUUUGCAGUAUUCCAACACCAUCCAUGCUAGCUUUACUAACUCAUUUUUCUUAGUCUUUGCUUUGCACGUCAUCAGCGCUCUUGGAACAGUACUUGUAAGCUUGCCAAAGCCUAUUAAAGAAACAUGCAGGGUCAGAAAAGUCAAAUGGCUGUUGAAUGAUAAGGAACAUAGAAUGAUGUAAGCAGUGAGAGAGAGGUAAAUACUUCUGGACUGCUGAUCUCGGUGGUAGCAAUGAGUCAUCCUUUGGUAUUUUAAACGUGAUGUAGGUUCUGUAGUACUAUUCAUCUCUGACAUGGUUUUGCAUGAGGAUACUUCAAUUAUAGCACUAAUAUACCUGACGGUAUUCCCAAAAAUUAUUGCUAGAAAAUGAUUCAAAAAUGUUUUUAAAACCACAAACACAUACUUGGUGGUUCAAAAAGAAUCCUAAUUCUCAACCAGAAAACUCUAAAUACUUGGUUUGAUAUAUACAUUCCUUUUGCCUUUGCUUUCAGCAGUUGCUUUGACUGUGUUUUGAAUUAAGCAAUGCAGUGGCUCUCGAUAGUGAGGCUGCAUGCUGCACAUAUUGACUGGCUCCACGCAGAAUCAAAUUGUUAUUACAUUUGCUGCAGCAGAAGGAUCCAUAGCAACCUUGCUUUAAGGGACAGGGUUUGUAGGUCUGUUUUGUUGCAGAUAACCUUUCCCCACCAGAAAUGAAACAUUCAUUUCAUAGGAAUGCCCGAAAAUCCAAAGGGAAACUGAAGCUUUAAUUUCUAUUGCAGCUCUCAUGUCCUCAGCAACUGUUUCUCUCUCUGGAUUGAUUCCGGAAACUUCCUUGUAUGCCUUUAAAGUAAAUAUCUUCAAGUAUCUUAGUCUGUAACUAAAUAUUCAGAACUCUUACGAAGCUAGAACAGAGCCUUUUGUUUGUUUGUUUGUUUGUUUCAAAUAUUCUUCUUAGAUAUCUUAGGCCUUAGAUCAUAUCAUUCUUUCCUUCUAUAGCUGUUGUUUUUAGUGAUGUCCUUGUGAACAGGCAUAGCUUCCCUGAGAGAGUUGACACAGGUGGGGAUCAAACAGUGAAAGAAACAGGAAAAAAAAAAUCUGACUUUCUUUUUGCCUUUUGUUUGCUUGCUCCAUUUUGUUUGCUAUCACUUCUCUGCUUUCUCUUUGCAUGAACUGCUGAAGAUGCCUUGAAGUCAUCUGGAAUUUAAAUUGCCUUCUUGCCUAUUUAAAAACAUCUUUUAACAGGCUAAAUUCUUUUGCCAUCUUGUAGGCCUCUAUUUUCUCUUUGUAAGGAUGUGCAGCAUGCAGUUGAGCAUUGCUUUAUCAUUUGAGAUUGUUCUCUAGGCAGCAUUGACCUUCUAGUGUCAAUGUUUUACCUUGCCAUCGUUCUUCAUUAUUUCUCCCUGCAUUCAGGAGCCAGUUGCUGUACCAAGUUUUUGUGUUCCCAGCUAAGUGUAGGACGCUGACCUUGGUAACUGCUGUCCCUCAUCUGUGAGCUGUGAUUCUCAUAGUCCAAUUCCUGAUCUUCCACUGUCAGCCAUGGAAUUUCUUGCCAUUGGAACUCUCCCAGAAUAUAAAAUUUAAAGCUUUUUGAGUGAAUUUAUUUCAGGUGAGAGUCAAAGGCGUAUUCAGUGGAUUGGCAGAACAACGGAGCAUAGCUGAAUUGAGUCUUUACCCUUUUAUUGUUGCAGGUUAUUGCUGAUUCUUUCUACAUUCAUUUCUGGA